GAUUUCGUACCAAGUCCUCAUCACCAUAUAACCCACACACAACAUAGUCUGAAAAUACAGAAACAAGAAAGAGACGGGUGAGAAAGAAAAGAAGAGAUUCGAGUCCGUCAAUUUGAGAAAAACAGACAUUAUUAACUGGGAACGACUCACUCACUGCUCUGCAACCAGACACAAAGAAACGUUGAACAAAGUUGCAUUAAAUUGCUUGCUUACAUUUGUUGUUGAGUUGAGCUGGUUUCCCGUGGUUUGGUUUCUUCCCACACAGUUUCCCUUACAUUUUCAUUUUUUUCGGUCUAAUAAAUUACAAUAUUAAAACCACCACCUUCACCACCUAUUUCUCUCUCUCUCUCUCGAAUCCCAUUUCUUUAUCUCUCCCCAUCCAAUUGAUUUGGGUACUCGACAAGAGAAUACAAAUCUUGGAUUUCUUUAAUUGCCAAGAAUGGGGAAUAAAUUCAUCUGCAUGACUAAAAGAGUAAAAGGGCCUCCAGAAGGAGUUCAUUGGACGAAGAAUUGCUGCAUAGGCAAGCACUUGCUAUGGCAAUUCAGCAACAUCAGCUUUCUCAAAGAUUUGAUAAUGGCUCUAUGUCCAGGCGCAUCGGAUCCACUAGCUCUCGCCGCCGUCCCACUAAUUUAUCCGACCCUUUCCCUAAUACUAACAACAAACAGUUAUCCCCAGAAUCUUUGGAGAAUAUCAAGACAAAGAAAGUUGUUUUGGUACAUGGUGAAGGAUUCGGAGCUUGGUGUUGGUAUAAAAACAUUGCUCUACUUGAGGAAUCUGGACUAGUUCCAGUUGCCGUGGAUCUAACAGGGUCCGGUAUCGAUCUAACGGAUAUAAACAAUGUAGCCACUCUGACAGAGUACUCAAAGCCAUUGAUUGAUUUUCUAGAGAAAUUAGCAGAGGAUGAAAAGGUAAUAUUGGUGGGUCAUAGCAGUGGUGGUGCUUGCAUUUCUUAUGCUUUAGAGCAUUUUGCUGAGAAGAUAUCCAAAGCAGUGUACGUGUGUGCUACAAUGAUAUCUGAUGGGCAGAGAGCUUUUGAUGUGUUUGCUGAAGAGCUUGGUUGCGCACAACUUUUUUCAUCCGACUCCAAGUCUCUAAUUUAUGGCAAUGGCAAAGACAAGCCUCCAACGGGAUAUGUGUUUGAGAAGCAGCAGAUGCAUGGGUUAUAUUUUAAUCAAACACCUGCAAAGGAUGUUGCUCUAGCAAUGGUUUCCAUGAGAGGCAUCCCUCUUGGUCCUAUGAUGGAGAAAUUGUCAUUAUCAGCAGAGAAAUACGGGAAUGGGCGUCGGUUCUACAUCCAAACGCUGGAUGAUCAUGCGCUUUCACCAGAUGUGCAAGAAAAGCUUGUGAGGGAAAAUCCACCUCAAGGAGUGUUCAAGAUCAAAGGCAGUGACCAUUGCCCUUUCUUCUCAAAGCCUCACUCAUUGCAUAAAAUUUUGAUUGAAAUUGCACAAAUUCCAUAGUGCGUCAACUACUUUGAUUCUUGGCAUACCUUGUGUAAUUAUAGUAUAAGCUGACUUGUUUUAUACAUACACAAAGGCAUCAUUAUUUGUUUUGGUUUUAGUUUUAUACAUACAUGCAAAUGCUUGCUCUCUAA